AUGCGGCUUACGAUUUGCUUGUCAUUGGGCGGUGGCGCGACUGGUUCUGGCAUAGCUCUUGAUGCUGCAUCUCGCGGUCUGAAGGUAGCUCUAGUUGAGCGUGACGAUUUCAGCGCGGGCACAAGCAGCAAGAGCACAAAACUGGUCCACGGCGGUGUACGCUACCUGGAAAAGGCCGUUUGGGAAUUGGACUAUAAUCAAUUUGCACUCGUUAAAGAAGCCCUUCGGGAACGCAAAUGGUUUCUCUACACCGCACCACAUCUUUCAAUGUGGCUCCCAAUUAUGGUCCCCGUGCAGAAAUGGUGGCAGUUGCCUUACUUCUGGGCCGGCACUAAGUUUUAUGAUUUCCUUGCUAGAUCUGAGGGCAUUGAGAGUUCGUAUUUCCUCACCAAGAGCAAAGCCCUAGACGCCUUUCCAAUGCUGAAGAAGGAUAAUCUCUUUGGUGCUCUUGUCUACUAUGAUGGCGCCCACAACGACUCUCGAAUGAAUGUAUCUUUGGCGUUGACCGCUGCUUUAUAUGGCUCUACAGUUGUAAAUCAUAUGGAAGUUGUCGGUUUAACCAAAGACGAGUCAGGGAGACUCAACGGAGCCCGCUUGAAAGAUUUGAUUCCAGGCAAAAACGGCAAAAAGGCAGAAGAAAUUACUAUUAGGGCCAGGGGUAUUAUAAAUGCCACAGGUCCAUUUACAGAUUCCAUCAGGAAGAUGGAUGAUCAAAACGCUAGUGAAAUAGUUGCACCAAGUGCUGGGGUACAUGUUGUUCUUCCUGGCUACUAUAGCCCAACAAAGAUGGGACUGAUUGACCCUGCGACUUCAGAUGGACGUGUCAUAUUUUUCCUUCCGUGGCAGGGGAACACAAUUGCUGGAACAACCGAUGUCCCCACUACUAUUACUGCCCAGCCUAUCCCAUCUGAAAGGGAUAUAAACUGGAUCCUAAAUGAAAUCCGCGGAUAUCUUUCCCCGAGCAUCAAUGUGAGGCGCGGUGAUGUCCUUGCCGCUUGGGCCGGAAUUCGCCCUCUCGUACGAGAUCCCACAGCUAAAAACACAGAAUCUCUAGUCCGUAGUCACCUCAUUACAGUAUCUGAAUCCGGUCUCUUAACUUGUGCUGGUGGAAAAUGGACAACUUACCGGCAAAUGGCCGAGGAUGCUGUUGACAAAGCUAUCAAACAGUACAAUCUACAGCCUCGUCCUAACAGACGCGUUCUUGACAUCAGCGGAAUGGGACUUUUCGACGAUGGUGCGGUUCUGGAUGGGUCGUGCCAGACUCAUCAAAUCCGCUUGGUAGGUGCCCAUGGCUAUUCGAAAACGCUGUUCAUUAGGCUCAUCCAACACUUCGGGAUCGCAACAGACGUUGCUCAACAUCUCGCAGAGUCUUACGGAGAUCGUGCAUGGGAUGUGGCCGCUAUGUCAGCUCCCACAAAAACGCGAUUCCCAGUCCGUGGGUUGCGCAUUUCUCCUCUAUAUCCGUUUAUCGAUGGUGAGGUCCGCUAUGGCACGCGUGUUGAAUUUGCACAGACAGCGGUGGAUAUUUUGGCACGGAGGACUAGAUUAGCAUUCUUGAACGCCCAAGCCGCCCUCGAAGCUCUCCCAACAAUCAUUGAUAUCAUGGCGGAGGAACUAAAUUGGGAUACUAAGCGGAAAAAUGUUGAAUGGAAUGACACGGUGACUUUCUUAUUGUCGAUGGGACUCCCUAUUUCUCGACUUGGCGUCACACGUGAGGAUGUUGAAAGUGGUCAAGCGAAGUUUGACGAAGUGGAACGGAAGCUAUACACAAGACAUGAGGGUCCCGUGGAUUUUUCCCACGUUAACGCGAACACUGCUCAAACAGCUGAGAAAGGAGUCUCUGUCAUCAAAAUCAUACCUCUUCUCAGGACGUAUCCUAGAUUCCCUGCAGAUUCCAUGCAUUACGUUGGCAGCUGGAGCGACAAGUCUGUGGCGACAAGUCUGUGGUAUUUGUUCUACCAGCAUCCAACAUCCACGGAAUCCACCUACCAUUUGUUAGGUGCCACAUUUUCGUGGGAUCCAUUGGACUACAAUUCUGUGCUAAGAAAGUGA